ACGAACCACCAAGGACGCAGCUCUGGAAAGUUCAAUUCGAAAUAAGUGAGUUCACUAAUACAAUAUUCACAAAAUUCACAACAACAACUUACUCAAGCUACAUUGGAUACCAAUAACAAACAAAAUGAAAAUCCUAUUCCAACCGACGUGGAUAUUGCCAAUGAUAUUGGCUUGCACUGCUCGCUGCUCGGCAGAUCUGGACGUUCUGCAUACGUGGAAGUACAUCGAUUACGUCUGGGAUAACGACACGCAAAAAGAAGAUGCGGUUGCUUCUGGUCAAUACGACGCUACAAAAAUCGCUAUUAAUGAUGUUCAACAACUUCCAGACGGUCGGGUACUGGUGACCACUCCGAAAUAUUUCGAUAACCCCGCAAGUUUGUCCGUGAUUUCGAAUACGUCAGGUGAUGGAGGUCCGCUGCUGGAGCCCUAUCCCAGCUGGAGUUGGCAUACAACAGACGGAAAUAGCUCCAGCAUUACUAGCGUCAAUAGAGUUCGGGUGGACCAGUGCAACAGACUUUGGAUCGUCGACUCCGGAAAAAUAGGAAACGAUCAAGUAUCGCCAGCUCGUAUUCUGAUAUUUGAUCCCGCUACAGACGAGUUGCUGGAAUGCAUUGAGAUUCCAGACGAAUUGUCCCACAAUCCCAAUGACACAAGCAAAGGAAAAUUAGAACUACAAGCUGUCGAGACAGAGGGGGAUACUUGUGAAAAAACUUGGGUAUACAUUGGAGAUCUGGAAGGAUGGGGUCUUCUUAUCUACAACGGAUCUGACAUAUGGCGCAUUGACAACGACGAAUUAUUCGCCCCGCAAGAGGAGUACACCACAUUUUCUCUCAAUGACAAAAAUGUAACGUUAAAUACCGGAGUAGCCAGUAUGCUGAUCCUGCCUGAUGGAUUCUUCAGAGAAAAAUCGACAAUCUUUAAGCCGAUGGCUUCGGAAGUUGGGUACGGUGCGUCCGUUGAAGAUCUACACAACUCUUUCUCGGGGAACGAGGUCAGGUAUUACAAGACCAACUUCACUGCCCCCAGCCAAGAACUUGCAAGGGAUAUCUCGUCGGAUGGUAUUCUAAUCGCCGGUUUCCCCACCGUCUCAGUCCUUGUCUGCUGGAAUAUAGAGUGGCCCCUGCUUGAUGCUAACGUAGUAACGCUGCAAACGAGUGACGAGUAUUUACAAUUCGUCAGUGGUGUGAAGAUUACCAAUGGGAUUCAAAGCGGUGUUGAAGGUGACAACGUUUGGGUUGCGUCGAUUCAUUUACAGCAGUUCAUCUCGGGUUCCCUGGACAUCACUGAGGACAAUUAUUACAUCCUCGGAGGAAAUGUGAAAACCCUCGUGAACGGCACAAGGUGUCAAACUGGGCCACGUCCGUUGGUCGAUGAUCUUAACGAUAAGUUCUUCUUCUCUUACAGUCCAUAAUUCUUUCUGUACCAACUCCUCCAUAAUAUACGUUCGUUCCGGUCUAGCGGUUCUUUGAAACUCUUGCUACUUCGAAUCAAGAAGAUGUGCUGAUGCUUAUAUUAAUGUGAAGGUCACUCGUUGAACGAGUUUAAAUGCAAUUUUUCUAGGAAUACAUCGAACUUUUCAGCAGUAAAAUUAAGCUUUCACACUGACAAUUUGUAUUCGUACCUUGUGCAUUGUAUACAUUGUAAACAAGGACUGUUACCUAACCUUUCAAUUAAUAAAGCAUUGGAACGAAA